CGGGCUUGCAAUUGGGCUGUCUAUCUCCAUCAACAUGCCUCCACGCUUUACGUUUCAGCCUUUAUUGAAGGCAUUUAAUGGUCUUCCCUCCACCCGUAAUUCCCAAGCGGCGCUGUCCUUAAACCCAUGCAAAACCUCUAUAAGAGCAGGAUCGACAGAGUCGAGGGAGAGAAGAAGACAUGACCCAUAUCUGAUGGCCCAGUCUCGUCAACGCAGAGCCGCCAAUCUAUCUCGACGACAGGCUCUCUUCCAGGAACGGGAGGAGUCUCUGGGCGAUCCCGUGGAGACCGCACCGACCCAGUUCAUUCAAGAGCUCGAAGCUGUCCGGACGAGUCAGAUCGAUGGAAAGGAAAAGGCAGCUGAAGAGGCCAACUUGAACUAUUUUCUGUCUCGUGAUGAUCUCCAAGGAGCCUUGGAGAAGUCAAAGGACCUGACGUCCCCUCCCAAGAACCCAAACCGUGCCAUCGCAGACCCCGAGCUUGAGAUGGAAGCAGAAGAGAAGCAUCUCCAACAGCAUCGAAAUGCCCAGGAGGCCAUGAGCCGGAUUGCAAACCUCGCCAACGGAAACACAAAGGAUCGUGUUCGUGUUAAUAUCGAAAAGUGUAUCGAGAAGUUUGGGCGGCACAAUACCGAUAAAAAUUUGAAGCCCAAGCCUGCUGCUGCGUCAGAUGGGUCGGAAGCAGUUCAUGCGACUAAGACACCCCGGGUUGGAAAGGACACCGGCUCCUCGGAAGUGCAGAUUGCCAUCCUCACCGAAAAGAUCCUGAACUUGUCCAGACAUCUUCAGGGGACUCACAAGGACAAGCACAACAAGCGUAACCUGCGAGUGCUCGUUCAUAAGAGGCAAAAACUACUUAGAUACCUACGACGGAAGGAGAGAGGUGGACCGAGAUGGCAGCAUCUGGUCGAAAACCUGGGAUUGUCUGACGCAGCCUGGAAGGGUGAAAUCAGCAUGUAGCGGAAUAUUUGCUCGUUUAUGAUGCACCUUUAUCUUUUUUCGGCCUUGUCUAUUGCCCUCCUUUGUCAAGCUGGCAAUGGGCAUUUCUUCUCAGUUGGAUGUUACGGAGAGGCUUUUCUUGUAUAAAUAGGACCUCAUUUGAAUUUUUCAGUAUAAAUUAACCCAGGGAAGAGAUAAUCACAGCAGCUGCUAAUCCUACCAGGCUGCUGUUACGUUCAACAUGUAGCAUCAUGAGAUGCUUGAACGGUAUACGAUAAUAUAGACAUGCAUGUAUAACUUCUAAGUACAACCUGCAGGGUGUUCU